UUUGCAAGCGAUGGCCAACUCCGGUAUUCAGCUGCUGGGAUUCUUCCUGUCGUUAAUAGGCAUCGUCGGACUGAUCAUCGGGACUAUUUUGCCGCAGUGGAAGAUGUCAGCGUACAUCGGGGACAACAUCAUCACAGCGGUGGCCAUGUACCAGGGACUGUGGAUGUCAUGCGCUUUCCAAAGUACCGGACAGCUCCAGUGUAAAAUCUACGACUCCAUCCUGCAGCUCGACAGUUCGCUUCAGGCCACCCGUGCCUUGAUGAUAGUCGGCAUCAUUGUGUCCAUCGCAGGUCUGGGUGUGGCCUGCAUGGGAAUGAAGUGCACCACCUGUGGAGGGAGCGACAAACUGCGCAAGUCCCGCGUCGCCAUGACGGGAGGCAUCAUUCUACUAGUGGGAGGGCUGUGUGCCAUUGUAGCGUGCUCCUGGUUUGCUCAUAAUGUGAUCCGGGCGUUUUAUAAUCCCUACACUCCAGUCAACACCAAGUUUGAGUUUGGCGCUGCCAUCUUCAUCGCCUGGGGCGGCUCCCUCCUGGACGUCCUGGGGGGAGCCAUGUUGGCCGCUUCCUGUCCACGAAAGAAACAGGUUUCCAAGUACCCGUCCAUGGCCAGUUCCCGCUCUGGUCCACCGAGCAGCACUAAAGAAUACGUCUGAGAGUGCCCCCCCCCCCCCCACAGCUUGGGACUCCAACAGAAGCUGACAAAGACCCCUCCAUUAUUUUGCAGCACCAGCGUGGAGGAAAACUGAAGGUGGAUGUGAAAUUGUGAAUCACAGAGGCAAAGAAUUACAGACUUUUUUCUUUUUCUUCAGGCAGACCUUUGAUAACCCUUUUGAUUAUCAUGCAGCACUCUCAAUUGUUUGAUGAAUGAUGUCUCUCACCCCGUCAACACAUUCCACAUUUGUUUACAAGUGAUCUUCGCAAAUACAUUAUAAUUGGAUCCCCUGACUUAAUGGACAAGCCCUUGGGGUGUAACCUCUUGAAUUGUAGCCUAAAUGGUGGAUUAUCGCCAACGCUCGCACCUCGGCGUUAAAACCAGCAUCUAUUAGCGUUUGCCAUGUAAUUGAAAGUAAUCAAUUCCAGUUUCUAGGCUGCGACUCAGGGGCUCUGUACAACAGAGACACAGGCUGACAAUACAGUGUUUUAUAUUAACCGUUGGUGGUUCCAAAAUAGACGUUACAACGGGCAGGGUGUGACUUCACACAAAGGGCUCACUGUGUAGGGUGGCCGUAUCACACAGGCCUUUUACUACAGCACUCACCACAGGCGCUGCAGCUCUUCAUACCAGUCUGUUACAAACCCUGCUCAGAUAUGAAAUAUUUUAUUGUGUAGUCACUGUGCCGUUAUCACUCUAAUAGCUUCCAUAUCAGCCACUUUGAGAUUUAACCGCCUCUAUUUAUUUUGACAAACGUAGGAUGAGGUUUUGACUCCUCUGUAGGUUUAUAUAACAGGUAGAUCACCGCGGCCCAGCUCUAGCUUUCACAGAUUAUAAAUAUUUGUAUUAAGAUCUUUUAUGCUCUGAACAGUGUCCGCUGUAUUUUUAAAAUGUCAUAGUUUUAUAUACUUGGCUCAUUUAGCAGAUAAUGAUGUAGCGAACACGGAAUGAUUUUUUUAACAUGUCCAACGUUACUUAUAUAAUAAAAAUAUUGCAACAUUGUUAACUAUUUGGUGGCCAUAGUAGCUGAUAUUAUAGUAGUUUUAUUUUCCAUUGAUGCAAAGAUUAAAACGGGAUUUCCUUUUUGCAAAACCGCAAAUAAUCAAUACUUCUCAAAACUCAAACCAAACAAUCAACAACAUUAUUUAGUUGAAUGUAGAGACAUGAAAGUUUAAAAUUCAAACUGUAGACUGGCAAAAAUACAAAAAUAGGAACAACCUUUUUUUUGUGGCAUUUUAUA